AGAGAGAGAGAGAAAGAAAGAAAGAAAGUGUGUUCAUGCAACCUCCCCUUGCAUGAUGGAAGUAGAAAAAGGGGAACCUACACCAGCAGUGUAUUUUGUUGAUUUAGAAAUGCGCUCCUCGUGUCUAAAAGGAUUUUAGUGGAAAAUCGGAACUUCCCACACAUGCAAAUGCACCAGAAGGUUUACCAAUGAUGCGCAAAAGGCACAACGAGAUCCGCGCAAGUCCCUGCUGUAAAAGCCGCUUGGUGUCGAAAAUGUAACUAACGCCGAUAAUCUAAUACAUAACAACCGGGAAAAGGAAACCGCUCAGCCCGCCUCACUUCAUCCCCUCAACACGCCGACUUGAUGAAGCCCGUGGGGUCGUGCAGAAGAGCCGAUGAGCUGAGCGGGUAAGUUUUAUUACAGCUGGAUGCGGGAAGUUGGAAAGGCUGAGUAGAAAACAGGAGUCUUUUUGAACCUCCUGAUCCACUAAUGGAGGGCAUGCAUUGGUUUCGGCAAAGAUGGCAACAGUUGGCCUCCACAGAUUUAACGCAAGGCUGGUCCUCUGCCAAUGAAGCACCAAGCUCAAAAGCUGAUUUUGAUACUAAGGACCACUCGGGACGCAGACUGCCCGGAAAACGAAGAACGGUGGUGGCACGAUAUGGUCCACUCCGAGCAGAAUACCAGAGCAUCUCUAAAGGCUAUCAAAGCAACAGCAUUCGGACCACCAAGUACACCAUUCUCAGCUUCAUACCCAUGAAUCUUUUCCAGCAGUUUCACAGAGUAGCAAACCUGUACUUUUUGUUCUUGGUGUUACUGAACUGGUUUCCAGUGGUGGAGGCCUUUCAGAAGGAGAUUACCAUGAUCCCUCUUAUUGUUGUGCUCACUGUCAUCGCCUUCAAAGAUGCCCUAGAGGACUACAGGCGCUACUGCUACGACAAGAGGAUCAACAACAAUCGCACACAUGUAUACAAUGGUAAACAGUGCUGCUACGUGGAAAGGCGCUGGGCUGACGUGUAUGUGGGUGAUGUGGUGCAUUUGUGCUGCAAUGAGAUCAUUCCUGCUGACAUGGUGCUGCUUCACUCAUCUGAUCCAAAUGGAGUGUGUCACAUCGAGACUGCCAACUUGGAUGGUGAAACCAACCUGAAACAGAGACAGGUGGUAAAACACCUGCCACAAGAAGGAUCAGAAUUUAAUCCAGAAAGUUUCAGCAGUCGCAUCGAGUGUGAAAACCCCAAUGAUGACCUAAGACGUUUUAGAGGUUACAUGGAGCACCCCAAUAAUGUACGGAUAGGAUUACAUAAUGAAAAUCUCCUGUUGAGGAGCUGUACAGUGAGGAACACUGAGACUGUGAUUGGCAUUGUGGUCUAUGCAGGUCAUGAGACGAAAGCAAUGCAGAAUAACAGUGGACCACGCUAUAAGAGAAGUAAGCUGGAACGCAAACUCAAUAUAGACAUAAUUUGGAGUGUAGUUUUACUACUCAUCAUGUGCCUUACUUCUGCUGUGGGCCAUGGGGUGUGGCUAAGCAGCCUGAAGGAUCCAAUAUAUAUACUGCCAGAUGGCACACACCCGGCUCUUGCUGGCUUCUACAUGUUCUGGACUAUGAUCAUUGUUCUGCAGGUUCUCAUUCCCAUUUCUUUGUACGUGUCUAUAGAAAUAGUGAAAUUAGGGCAGAUCUAUUUUAUCCAGAAUGAUCUGGACAUGUAUGAUGCCAGGCUGGAUACUGGUAUACAGUGCAGGGCACUGAACAUCACUGAGGAUCUAGGUCAGAUCCAGUACUUGUUCUCAGAUAAAACAGGAACCCUGACAGAAAACCGCAUGCUGUUUCGUCGGUGCACAAUCGCCGGCAAGGAGUACCCUCAUAAAGAUCAUGCCCAAGCUAUGGAGCUAUAUGAGGAGCGGGUUGCUGGCCGACCCGAUCGCACACUCAGUCUCCGUUCUAGCUCCAGGAAGUCUCUCAGCUGCAACCGCAGCUCCUUAUCGCUCAACAUCCUCGAUGCUGCUUCUGACACCCACUCGCCACAUAGCACACUCCACCAUCACGUACCCGGGGCUUUUAGCAGCGCAAUGGCAUGUGCAGUCAUUCCAGAUGUGCAGUUGAAGGAGAAGCUGCAAGCUCUUUCGUUUCCUCCGUGUUCUGCAAUCAAGUAUGAUACUGCAGAACUUUCUCACAUCCUAGACUUCUUCCUCGCCCUGGCUGUCUGUAACACUGUGGUGGUGUCUUCCCCCAGCCAGCCACGUCACGUGGUGAAGACACCAGUGGCCCGCUCUCCUUUGCGCUCUCUAGAGGAAAUGAAGACUCUUCUGCAGAAACUCAGCCUCCCGCGCUUCUCAAUGUCCCCCAUCGAGAACUCGGACAGCCCUCCUGGCUACACCCGGAGGUUAUUUUCUAGGGGUCGUCACAAUAACACUUCUCCUACACACGCUCCUUCACACACUCCAUCACCCAGCCCUGCUGUCACACCUCAACAGCAGCACCACAUAGAGGAGCUUGAAAAAGACUACGAUGAAGAUGAUAAAGAAGAGCGUAGCGAUGAUAAAGAGGAUGAGGAGGAGUUGUUAUAUGAGGCAGAGAGCCCAGAUGAGGCUGCACUGGUUCAGGCCGCAAAGGCAUACGGCUGUACACUGCUGGGCAGGUCCCCAGAACAGCUGCUGGUUGCCCUGCCAGGCACUGAGCCACUCACUGUCCCGCUGCUUCACCUACUGCCCUUCCAUUCCGCCCGUAAGACAAUGUCAGUAGUGGUACGUCAUCCACUCACCAGCCAGGUGAUGGUCUACACCAAAGGAGCUGACAAUGUCAUUAUGGAAAUGUCUGGUACAUCAGAUCAUGGUGAUGGUUCUAGAGAAAUCAUUAAGCGAACACAGCGACACCUAGAUAACUAUGCAAAGGACGGCCUGAGGACACUCUGUGUUGCCAAAAGAGUCCUGCAGGAGGCGGAGUACAAGGCCUGGCUUACUGAACAUGCUUUUGCUGAAACCAGUAUCGAAAACAGGGAAGAACUACUUUUAGAAUCUGCUCAAAGACUGGAAACUAACCUUACAUUAUUAGGGGCGACUGGUAUAGUGGACCGAUUACAGGAGGAUGUCCCAGAGACCAUUGAAGCUUUACAGAAAGCAGGGAUUAAAGUAUGGGUCCUUACAGGGGACAAACAGGAGACAGCCAUUAACAUUGCAUGUGCCUGUAAACUCUUACGAACGACUGACCAGUUGCUCACUGCUAACUGUGACAGCAAGGAAGCAUGUGAAGCUCGGCUUUUAGAACUACAGCAGGAGAUCAGAAUCGCCAAAGACAGUUGUUUGUCGAACUUUGAUUCGGACCCGGAUGAUGCUGGCAUCACCGGCUUUACACUAGUGAUUGAUGGCCGAACAUUAGACUUUGCCCUACAGAAGGAGUUACAGAAAGUAUUUUUGGAUGUUACGGUCAGCUGUCGAUCGGUCAUAUGCUGCAGAUCUACUCCCCUGCAAAAGAGUCAAGUUGUUCGACUUGUUGGUGACUCGCUCGGGGUCAUGACCCUUGCUAUAGGGGAUGGAGCAAAUGAUGUCAGUAUGAUUCAGGUGGCAGAUGUCGGUAUCGGCAUCUCAGGGCAGGAAGGCAUGCAGGCUGUGAUGUCCAGUGAUUUUGCCAUCUCCAGAUUUAAACAUCUUAGAAAACUCCUGCUGGUUCAUGGGCACUGGUGCUACACAAGACUAGCGAACAUGAUCUUGUACUUCUUUUACAAGAACGUGAUGUAUGUAAAUCUGCUGUUCUGGUUCCAGUUCUUCUGUGGUUUCUCAGGAAGCACUAUGAGUAACUCUUGGGUGCUCAUCUUUUUUAACCUGCUGUUUACAUCAGUUCCACCACUGGUGUAUGGUGUGCUGGAUAAAGACGUGUCCGUUGGCACGCUUCUGUCCUUUCCACAGCUCUACAAAGCUGGACAGAACUCUGAGGCGUACCUUCCCUCCACUUUCUGGCUGAACCUGCUGGAUGCUUUUUACCAGAGCAUAGUCUGCUUCUUUAUUCCAUACUGUACGUACACAGGUUCAGACAUUGACCUGUUCUCUUUCGGUUCUCCCAUCAAUGGUUCAGCUCUUCUUAUCAUCCUUCUGCAUCAGGUUAUAGAGAGCCAUACACUGACGUGGCUCCAUGCAGUGGUGUUACUGGGCAGUGCCAUGUUCUAUUAUGUGUUUGUGCUAAUGUUCAGUGUCACAUGCGCGACAUGUAACUCUCCCACAAACCUAUAUGGCAUUGAGACCAGAUUGAUGUCUGAGCCACUGUAUUACUGUGUGUGUGGACUCAGUACUGCUGUAGCACUGCUACCCAGAAUAUUGUGUCGAGCCCUCUCUAACUCUCUCUGUCCAUCUGACUUGGUAAAGGCCCAGAAACUAGGCAAGUCUUCCACAGGGCAGUAUUGGGGCAAUAAGCAUCACUGGAAAGAAAACGGAUCUGCCAAAGAAAAUUUGAACUCCAGGCUUUUCCCUCAGACUCUUAGUGUAAAUGCAGACAUGCCCCACUUUGUCAACUGCACUUCAGAGGCUGGUCCUGUACCCUCCUGAUUCAUGAGCAAAAGCUGCCUUAAUACUGAUGAAUUGUCCACAUUGUCACAUCUCCAGUUUUCCACAAUACUAUGAAUACUAUGAAAAUGUCCAUAAUUAUUGUACUUUCACAGUUGGUGCUCAGUUUUAGUGCAUUCUACUAUAUAAAAAGUCACUGAAUUCUAAAAUGCUGAACAAACAGCUACUUGUCGGAGAACUGACUGAAAGCGGCUGUGAGAACUGAGAGUCUGCUCAGUUGUAGAGAAGACUGGCUGCCACGCUUGCUCUAAGUGAAAAAUGUUGUGUAUCACUGAUUUAAAUGAAAACUACAGAGAAACUAAGGUUGUAGCCUACAUGCUACAUCACCCAAAGGAAACAGUUCCAACCUGAUUUCACCAUUGGUGGAAAAUGCCCAUGUAAUUAUGUGAUUACUGGCAACACGAACAAGAACUGACAAAUUUGUCACGAUUGAUGUUUACAAUUUUAAUUACAGCAUUGUUUAGAUGGGGUAGAAAUUCUGAUCUAAUAAUAAUGAAUCAAAUUCUGGUAGACAUUCGAUAGUAUGAGUUAGUACACCAACACAAUCAGGAAAAGCUGAGUUUUCUUGUUUUAAUUCUGUUUAAUACUACACAUUACAGUGAUGUAAUUACAGAAGGUACCAAAUUACCAAAGGACACUCGUCAACAUGGAGAUCAUGGAUAACCCAUGGACCUUCAUACAAGCAACAUUAUAAUUUUAUUGGCUUUUGGAGUAUUAUUUAUAGGGAUUUGAGUAUGGGGACUUAAGAAUUGUUUGUAAAUUCAAGUCGUUACAAGUGACUACUACUAAGUGAAGUUUACUGGUGACUUUACAAAAUGAACAAAUUAAUAUAAUGUGAAAUAAGUUAACCGGGAUAUGCCUUUCGAUUUAAAUGUUUACAGAAAUGUUAACAUUUGUUAGUGCACCUAGAAAAUAUCUGGGUCAGGAAAUGUCAGCAUACUAUAAAUCGUUUGUUAAUUUGUUACAUGGUUGGUUUGUAUAUUGCAGCCUUAUGCAGUACCAGUAUUGUGAUAUUUUAAUCAGUUAACAUUCAUGUUCAAAUGCUUUAAUAAGUGUAAAACAUUCUGUUGAGUGGAUUGUACCCGUAUGGAUUGUUUUUUGUAGUCAGUACUAAUGUCUCAUGCACUUCGUUAUACUGGCUUUGGAAAGGAUUUUAUGAAAUUGAGAUAAAUGUCUUUGCUUUGAAUGAUGUUUCUCUGUGAUUGUCAUUGAAUGACCAUGUGAUUUUGUGGCUGACAUACCUGUUGAAAAGUUGUUACAUUUUUCUUUCCAUCUGUACUUUUGUGAGUUGAUAUAUUUUUGAAAGUGUUUCUUAUCUGAGAAAAAAUAAAUAAAUAGAAUUGA